GUGGAAGUGGGCAAAGAGGAUAGAGAAAAUUACUAAAAUUUGCCCUCCAAAUAUUUGUCCCAAUCUAGCCUUGAGAGAGUGGGCGAUGACUUGAGAGAGGACCAUAAAAGGCUCAUUUAUGUCCCUAGGGGAAGAGGGUCUGGUUACUGCCCACGAUGCUCUUUUUUCAUGUCUGGUACUUGGAGUUAUGCAGGUACAACAGAGGGGGCUGAGUAACUGGCAGACACUGAUGCAAAUAUUUAAAGUCCUAUUUGUCAUCAAUUCAUGGUCCACAUAGGUACAAAGUACCAACCUGGGCAUCUUUUCCCUGGGCAAUCCCCCAGAUGAUAGACCUAACCCAUGGUGAUUUCCCACCUACCCAGUUUGCCCUGUCAAUCUGCCCACUUAGGGCUGGUGUGAGUUUCAGACAUGUCUCCUCUUCUUAUUCUCACUCCUAGAGCCACGCAGUUGAAAAAGGAACUUGCCUUCCACAUGGGACAUCCCCACCCCCUCACCCCACCAUCCUUUGGCUCCAUCCUUCUCAGGGAAAGGGGACCCUUCUAUGCCAGCACACCAUCUGAGUCAGCUGGCACCGGUGCCCACUGCCGCCUACCCCACAGCUGCUUCGUGCCCUUUCAGGAACUGGGGAAAGGGGAGGAGUGCCUCAGAUGGUAAAAGAAAGAGAUGGACAGGGAGAUGUGAAAAAGGAAAGAGGUGGAAAGAGCCCUAUGCUGGGAUUUGGGAGGAUGAGGCUCUUCCCUGAGCUGCAUACUGAGUGAUUUGAAGUAGUAAUCAAAAUGAUGCUUCAACGUUUCAAGCGUUCCCUGUCCCUUAAGACCAUCCUUCGAAGCAAAAGUGUGGAGAAUUUCUUCCUUCGCUCAGGCACUGAACUCAAGUGCCCAACGGAGGUGCUGCUGACCCCCCCAACCCCAUUACCACCCCCCUCACCUCCACCUGUGUCAACUGACCCAGGCCUACCCACCUCUGCCCGUUCCCCUUGUCCAGUCCCACGUUCUUUGGCACCUCUCAAGCCCUUGAGGACCCACAGCUUCCAAGAUCAUGUCUUCAAACGUGCCAGCCCCUGUGAGCUCUGCCACCAGGUUAUUGUGGGCAACUCCAAGCAGGGCUUACGAUGUAAGACAUGCAAAGCCAGCGUCCACCUCUGGUGCUCUGAGGAAAUCUCCCACCAGCAGUGCCCAGGCAAAACGUCCACCUCUUUCCGACGUAACUUCAGCUCCCCUCUCCUGGUGCAUGAGCCACCCCCAGCCUGUACCCGGGAGUCUCCACCAGCUGGUGCCAGUGGGAAGGUGGAUCCUGUUUAUGAGACCCUCCGCUAUGGUACCUCCUUGGCAUUGAUGAACCGGUCGAGCUUCAGCAGCACCUCGGAGUCCCCUACCCGAAGCCUGAGUGAGCGUGAUGAAUUGGCAGAGGAUGGAGAAGGUAGCAUCCGUAGCUCAGAGGAGGGUACCAGUGACAGUGUCUUCACAUCACCGCCUGAGAAUGAAGUGCCAGGCCCUGAGGAGAAAAGCCCCGGGCAGCAGCAGGCUUCCAAGGGCACCAUUCGGAAGGACGUGGGCCCCAUGUAUUCCUAUGUCGCUCUCUACAAGUUCUUGCCUCAGGAGCAUAAUGACCUGGCCUUGCAGCCCGGAGAUCGCAUCAUGCUGGUGGAUGACUCCAACGAGGACUGGUGGAAGGGCAAGAUCGGGGACCGCGUUGGCUUCUUCCCCGCCAAUUUCGUGCAGCGCGUGAGGCCGGGAGAAAGUGUAUGGCGGUGCUGCCAGCCCUUUUCUGGGAAUAAGGAGCAGGGCUACAUGAGCCUCAAGGAGAGCCAGAUCUGUGUGGGCGUGGGCAGAAGCAAGGAUGCUGAGGGCUACAUUCGAGUCAGUAGCGGCAAGAAGAGGGGCCUGGUACCCGCCGACGCUCUGACCGAGAUCUGAAAUUGGGCAUGGAAGGCACAGAAGAAAUGAGUGCCCAUGCCCCUGCCCCUGGAGAUGGCCCAGACACCGGCUCUGCCCCCUUGUUCCCAGGGAAUGGAGCAGGGUCUCCUUACCCGCCUCCUUGCUCACUUGCUGCCACGCUGCUGGGCACCCCCUGACAGACACGGAAGCUCCAUGAUGACGAAGGUGUUGUUUUUCCUCUGGGGACCCUCUGGAGGGCAAGUUAAGGGUGGGGAUCAGCUACCACAGGCAGGUCUGGCCCAUGCCGAGGUGCCAACUCCUGUGCCCACCAGUGCCCUGCUGCCACAAUGAAUCGAGCUCUGGGCAGAUCUGCCUCCAGGGCUUGCCGUGGCUUCUCCCCAGAACUCUACCUUCCCAGUUGUUGCAUGCCUUGUGCCGCCUUCUUCCUCAGCCCAGGCUAUAUAUGUCUUUCUGUCUGUCCAUUGGGCGUGGGGGAGGUCUCAAGGGAGGGAAAAUGUCCCCUUUCCCCGAGGCCCUCUCAAUGCCUGCUCCCCCUCAGGGUUUAAAAGGGGUGGGAGAUAUGGGAGGGCCUUUUCUGCUUCUGUGGUUCUGACUGCUGCCUCCCCAAUAUCACCAUCCCUCUCUAGCUCAAUUCUCAGGAAAGUUUCACUGGUCUCUCCCAUAACUUGCAACCUGGGCUGGCAGAGGAGAGGAGGGAUCAAGGAGAAAGGACAGGGAUUGUUUUCUUAUUUGGGGGGAGAGAGAAUCAUGGCCAGGACAACCACAAUGGAGUCUUUCUCCAUUCCACCCCUACCCCCCUUACAGUUGGGGAAAGAAUAGUCCAACUGGGAUGUGAACUCCAUCCAGGGCCAGAGCAUCCAAGAACUGUCCCCCUAAAGCCACAGCCACCCCAGUGAAAAGAAAUCCCCCUGAAGUCAGGAGUUCAAAUCUGCCCUCAGACACUUAACCCUUCCUGGCUGUGUGACCCUGGGCAAGUCACUUAACCCCGACUGCCUCAGCAAAAAAAAAGAAAGAAAAGAAAUCCGGAUGUAGCAAGAAGAGUGAGCCAUGCAAGAUUGUUCCUAACUGGGGAUGUUUCUGGAGCAGUCAGGUCCAUGUGAAUCUACCUGUUGUCUGGGGCCUGACUUCCAGAAACUACCCAGGUCAGGAAGCUGACUCCAAGCAGUUUUGUUUUCCUGCCCCCUUUUGUUCUCGCCGCCCCCCCCCCCUUCCAUGAUCUGGACAGCCCUGGAAGAGCUGGAAAAAUCCUCUCACUAGAUUAAGCCCAGGUCACAGCAGGGGCAGACACAGAGAGCAGGACGGCACUUUAAAAAUAGUCCUGUCCUAGGACCAGGUUUCAGGUUUUUCCACCCCUUUUCAAGACCCCUGUAUUUCAGGAGCCAUUCUCUGAUUAUCCCUGCUGAAUCCUUUGCAGGCCCCUGGGGUAGGGAUGGAGAACUGGAGACAAGUUGAAACCCCCGAGGAAGGGAGGGAGGGUGAACGUCCCAGCCUGGAGGAGACAGACUGUAAGGUCUCCCUUGGGAAGAUGGCUCCUUGUUGGUCCAAACCCCCAGCCCCCACCAUGCCAGCCAAUGCCUCCCCUACUCUGGGCACAGACCCCCCCCCAGGCCCUUGCCUCCCCCUCUGCCGUUUCCACACUCGGGGUGGGCAGAGGCUGACACCACACUGCCCUGUCUGCUGCCACGAGGCUGCCCCAGCAGUACCCCUUGGGGCAGGCCCGAUGCCCACUGUACAUAGAGGCUGCAUGACGGGUCAGGCUCGGCGCUGCCGGGCCCCUAGACCCACCAAAUAAAUGUUCCCCUGACCCAGAGGGGCCUCUGGUGUUUCUGAUUG